AUGGCGGCGAUUUCAAAUGGAGGGAAUGAGUGGAGAGCCCAUUUGGCGACGGCGAUAGUGCAGGUGUUCAAUGGAGGUUACCAAGUUAUCUCCAAAGUUGCACUCGAUGUGGGGGUGAAUCAGAUUGUUUUCUGUUUGUACCGGGACGUCAUUGCUCUCUCAAUCCUCGCUCCGGUAGCCUAUUUCAGCGAAAAAAGGCUAAGACCUCCUCUGAAUAGACACCUUAUAUUCACAUUCUUCUUUCUUGGUUUGACCGGGAUUUUCGGCAACCAACUUUUGUUUCUUAUUGGUCUCGGCUACACAAAUCCGAGUUAUGCUUCAGCCUUUCAGCCUUCAAUUCCAGUCUUUACAUUAGCAUUGGCUGUGACAAUGGGUACUGAAAUAAUGAAUUUGAGAAGAACUGAAGGUCAAGCUAAGUUAGGAGCUAUUCUUUUCUGUAUUUGUGGUGCCAUUCUAAUGGCUAUGUUUCGUGGUCCUGCCGUUUUUGGAUAUAAGGAAUCAGAAUUUGCAGCGCAAAGUGAAAUAAGUGCCAAGGGUCAGCCUGAGCCUGUUGGAUGGUUAUUGUCUAGUUUUCUGGAAUUAGGGAUUGAUAAUUGGCACCUUGGUGUUUUAUGCUUAAUUGGGAACUGCAUGUGCGUGGCAGCUUAUCUAGCCAUUCAGGUGAAUGAUAUCAAUCUUGAAGUUUUGUGCUAUGCUGGAAUUGUAGCAUCUGCCCUGUGCUAUGGGCUUUUGACAUGGUCAAAUAAGAUUCUAGGCCCUGCCUUGGUUUCCUUGUAUAUGCCACUGCAACCUGUUUUCUCGGCCUUUCUCUCACAAAUUUUUCUUCGAAGCCACAUUUAUUUGGGAAGCAUUUUGGGAGGACUUCUUAUUAUUGCUGGACUUUAUUUGGUUACAUGGGCAUCUUAUAGAGAAAAACAAACUGCCAUGGGUAUUCGUCAUCAUGCUGAUCGGACAUCUGAAGCACUUAUUAAUAAAGAAUCGUCUCUCAGUUAG